ACAGUGAGCAGCUGUUUUUGUCACGUUAUUUUGAAACGUGAGCGCUGUGCUUUCGGCAUUGAAUCAUUGGAUUUGUGUACUAGCGUUGGUGUUUUGCUCUGUGUCAAUUAAUUUUUAAACAAUAUUUAUUUGUGAUCAUUAAUUAAAGUAAUGCUUGGUUUACGUUUUAGUCAUUAUGGUUAUGGUUAUCUUUUCAUCUUAACCAAAUUUGGAUUGCUGUCAAGAGAUUGAAGAAAUUUUUUAAGAUUUAAAAAAUGGAGUGGGCUGUAACGAGCAGUGAGCUGAACUCGACAUUUUCCUCAUUGGGGACCAGGAAUGGCGACGUCUUCGAGCCGAAUUUGGAUUGUAAAGAUCACCUGGAACGUAUCUUACAUCGAAUACUGACAGAGGACUGUGUGUUGAGAACAUACAGGAGGGCGAUAGGAUUGUCUCAAGGAGUUAAAAAGGAUAUUAUUCCAUUGAUGUGCAACAUUCAAGAUAAAGAUGUGUUCGACUUGAUCAUUAAGGUUCUCUGCAACCUCACAAUCCCUGUGGAAUGUCUCAUGGAUAUAGAUGUAUCUCUCAGGACUGAUCAUGGUCGCAGUGUGAUUUUCGAUUUGAACUGGCUUCUCACGUCGUGCAAAGAAGCGUUUAUAGAUUCAAGAACGACCAGAUGCCUUCUCGAUUUUAUCAAAAGUCUUCUCGACAAAGAAGAAGAAAUUAAGAAAAACGAUUGCGAGAUAAUAAACAAUUGUCUGCUGCUUUUGAGAAAUGUGCUGCACAUACCAGAAGUGAGAGGGGGAGUACAGGACAGAACAGGAACAUCGCACCAGAAUCAACUCAUUUGGAACAUGUUCACUCAGAGCUUCGAUAAAAUUCUUAUCCAGCUUAUGACCGGCUCGCACCGGGCAGUGUGGGGUACAGCCGUAGUGCAGUUGAUCGCUCUCGUUUACAAAGAUCAACACGUCAGCAUUAUGCAAAAACUGCUCAGUUUGUGGUUUGAGGCUUCGUUGAGCGAAAGUUCUGAAGAUAAUGAAAGUAACACUUCUCCACCCGACCAAGGCUCAGGCGACUCGUCAUCGUCUAUGAUGACGUCGGAUCCGACAUCGGACUCGUCGGACAACGGAGGCAGCAGCGAGCGCGACCUCAACCACUCGCCGAUGUCCGGAUCCGGAUCCGGAAGCAGUGAGGGCGGAGACAGGGACAGCGGCAUGUCUAGUAUGGCGGCUCGCAACAGUGCUAGCUCCGGCAGCUCAGCAAACUCGGCCAAUGGCAACAGUCCUAGUCCCUCCUGCAGUAAUGCCUCCAAACAGAAUCAUAACCAUAACGUGAAUUGGAUGUCAGAGAUGGGAAGAAAGAACUUCUCAAUGAAUCGUAAACACUUUAUCAAUGUGAAGUCUCAGGGAAAAAAAGAAAAGAAUGAUUCAUCGGAAAGAUCUAAUCAUUGCGAUUCCAAGACCCAUACCAGUACAAGAUCAUGGAGCAACAGCAAUGAUGGACCAGGCUCAUCCAGUGGCAACUCAGCACCUCCUUCGAAGAAAGGCUGCAAUUCUGAGCUGUCCGACUGUGGCUAUGGAACUCAGCUCGAAAAUCAAGGCUCCAUUUCUACGUCCAGUAACGAGGAUGAGUCUCCAAAUACAAACUCAAAGCCUGUGCACCAGAAGCCAACCAAUAUGAUCCAUAAAGCCCGAUACCAUGUCGGUAAAAUUGUAAUGCUGCACGAGAAAAAGGAAUGGCGUAGAAAAAAGCUGAUAAAAAGAAGUAAAGCUAACUCGAUGAAUAUGAAAGCCCUACUCCACCAUACACCGAGCGACGAAGAUAUCACCCAUCUAUUGAAAGAGUUCACAGUUGACUUUCUUCUGAAAGGAUAUAGCUGUCUCGUGCACGAACUCCAGUUGCAACUUUUGACAAGCUUGCAUGCGCAGAUCGACACGUCUCACUUCUUCUGGCUUAUCACUUACUUCCUCAAGUUCGCUUCUCAGCUUGAACUUGAUCUGGAGCAUGUGAGUCCGGUUCUCUCAUAUGAAACAGUGUCGUAUCUCACAUUCGAAGGUGUCAAUCUCUGUGAGCAACUAGAGAUAUCAAAGCAACAGCCUGAAGCCAAUCUAUCUCCCUUCAUUCGAAGAAUCCAUCUGGUGGUAACCGCAUUGAGAGAAGUUUUGCAAACAGUUGAAACUUACAAAAAGUUUUCGCACCUUGAAGAACAAGAUGAGGAUGAAAUCAAACAUCUUCAGGAACAAAUAUCUUCCACCGAAGAACUCAAGUACCUAUUUCUUCUACUACUGAGAUAUUUUGAUCCAACAUUGCAGAGUAAACAAUACCUGCAAGAUGUUAUUGUUACCAACCAUAAUCUUCUAAUUUUCUUGGAAAAAUGUAAUCGUCCAGCAAAUCGUCGUUCUUCAAUUUCUGAUCAUAUCAAACAAAGGACUAGUGUUAAUAAAUGUAUAUUUUUACAGGAUUGGUCUGAUCUUAUCGAAUAUGUGGUUCAUAAAUUUGUGAACUUACCAGUGCCGCAGCCGGCUGACCAUAAAAAGUUGAAACAGGGAGAGAGUUUGAGCUCUGGAUGGAGCAAGGAUGAUUCAAAGAACUUGCACAAGUAUUACGUUAAAAGUGCUUGUUCGUCAGACCCAAUCGGCAGGGUACUCAACUGCUUCACAGAGAGUGGUGUUCUCAACAAAACUCGGAUCGGGGUGAUAGAGCAACUGUUGAAACAAGACGUUAUUAGUGACUUGGAGUUUGAUGAAUUUAUAAAGAAAGAGCCAGAUUUUGAUACAUUGUCACAAUCAUCGAAGGUGAAUAAAAAUAAUAGUAAUAAUAUUCCAUCGAAAUCUGCCAAUGAGAGCUUGAAUGAAAUCAAAGUUCUUCGAGACCAUUUGAUAAACGAGAACAAAGAGAACUGUGUGAUGUGGCUGAAAAGAUGUUUGCUGGAUGCAUGUCACGCCAAGCUCAGUAUGACACAUAAGAUGAGGAAUGUUGAGCCAGUCCCAUACCAUUACGCUCUUUUGCAACAGUCAAUUCCAUUGGUGCCGUGGACCAGAGAACAGAAUAACGUGCUACAGUAUCAGCCAUUUGUGCUGCUUCUAUCCAAGCUGGGUCUGCACCUGCCUUCAGAUUCUGGAAAAAUUUUUGUUCGCAUACCGAACUUUUGGACCUCGGACAUCAUGUAUUCAACCGCCCAGAAGCUUGGACCCAUGAAUGCAGAUGAUUUGAAAUUUGAUCCUCAACUCCUACAAGAGAGUAACAGCCCCGGCUUCGAUCUGCACAGUGAAGCUACAGCCCAGGACGGACCGAGCACCCCCUAUCAAAUGAAGCAGACGCAAUCGUUCUUCGGUUUUACUCCCAAGCCUGACUUGAAAUCAAAUUGGAUGGAAAUUGUUAAGAGUUCCAAAUCAACUGCGAGUCAAAAUCUGGAGCCCGCGAAUCUUGAGACAGAGACAGUGAGCGCAUGCAGCGAGUCUGACUUGUCACACAUGUGCGUCAGUGAUGAGGACAUACCAGUGAGCUCAGCCGACCCCCAUCUCAGCUCUAAAUUCUCUUUUUCUUGAUCGGAGAAAACAAUCGAUGAGUGAAUACAUCGCAUCAUAACACGUCCAAUUAUAUUAGAGACACAUAAUCUUCACUUUUAUCCACCAUUGAGUCGUUUUCAGGCAGAAUAGGAUUAGUCAAUCAAUCAUGAUUGGAACUUGUUUCAAUAUCUCUUAAUAGUGAUGAUAUUACUUCAAGUGAUCAAAUUUAAUUCAUUGGAAUGGAAUUGCUUUAUGUAAAAAUACUCAUUGUCUCAGUGACAAACAUUUGGGGCCAAUAACAUUCAUUGUUCACUGUCAAUGAUAUACUAUAUUUUUCCUGUAGUAAAAUUUAUUAGGAGCUUCACAGUAUAGUAGUGGAAGUUUCAAAAAAAUGUUCACGGCCUGCAUUUUGUGAGAAACAUCAUAUUAUGGAUGUUUUCAUUCUAAGUAGUUAGCUUUAGUUUGUAAAUUGAUGGUUCAGUUUAAUAGUGAAAUUCAUGAUUGUUACUACCGUACUAGUAUCGAAAUAUAGUUAAUUUUUCUAAGAAAUGUAGGUGAGCGAUCAAUGUUAUUUAGAUGUUUUUAUUUGAAGAAGACAACUCGAGUUUGUAAAUUCAUGCUUCAGUUUAAUGAGGGAUUUAUGAUAUUCUACAACUUUAGGAUUGAUGGCCAGCCUUUUCAUGAGAAGUAUUUGAACAUAAUAAUUAUGAUAUCUAGAUUUUUCAUUUCAAGUAGGUGUAGGCCUCUUUAGUUUGUAAAGGUAGGGUUCAGUUUAUUGGUGAAAUUGAGAUUUGAAAAAUCAAUCUUUGAUGUUAUUGAUACUUUUCGUACAUAAAUAAUAUCUAUUUAAUAUUUGAGAUGGAUAUUUAUAUCUAUUUUGCAUUAUGAUAUUUGUGGAAUGGAACAUCUACUUAUGAGAUUGCUAGCGCACAAACUUCAGGUUUGCUGGCAUAAUUAAAGAAGACUAAACAAUGUAUUUCAUAUUGUCCUUUACAUAAUAUGCAAUGUAUGUAAGGUAUCAAAAAUAUUGAUUACGUUAAUCUGAUUAUAAUACUAUACCACAGCACUCAACUUAUGAUUAUGUACAUUAAAUAUAGUGAAAGCAUGAUUUAGUAGCAAAUUUGUUGGUCCAGAUGAUAACUUCAGUAUAUAAAGUAGUUAGUACUGUAUAAUGCCGCACCUUGUACUUUUGGUGUACCGUAUGUGUAUUAGGCCUAUCACUACAUUCAUUGUAAUAGUAUACUUUUGCUGUUUCAACAUAUUUUUUCUGCAUCACCUAUAAUUUAAAAACAUCAUCAUCCAUUACUCUUCUAAUUUAAUAUUUAUAGUCUAUAAUUUUUACUGUUUUGGAAAAACAGUAUUAUUUUACUGUUUUGGAAAAAAAUUGCUCAAUCAUCAGAUACAUUUCAGUGAAGUUGUUCAAUUUGAAAACCCUGCUAUUAUUCAUAAAUAAAUUUGACAUAUUUUAUUCAUUUUCUCAAUCUUUAAUUUAUUUUCCAUCAUCUUUCAAUCUCGAAUCUAUUGAAGCAUUGAAAUAUAUUUAAAGAUUCCUCGUUUUCUCUUCAAUUUAAAGUCUUCCAUUGCAUAAACUCAUUCAAAUAGACUUAUAACUUAACCCUAUUACCGCGAUCAUGAUCAAAUUAAAUUUAUUAAAAUUCAAAAUGAAUAUAUUCUAUUAUUUUUCAUACUUCAAAUCCUAGCUUCUAGAUAGUUGGCGUUUUUAUGGAAUGGAUAAUACUAUGUUAUCAACUCUAAUCAAUUUAGCUACUUAAUACAAACAAAAUGCAAUAGCCUACAAUACAACUUUUUUAUAAUCGAUAAAUUGAGUUAAUUUGACAAUAUCCUCUUAUUCAAUCAUGAAUCGCCAUCUAUGAAGAGCUAAUCUUGCAUCCUAUUUACAGAAAUCUACGUUUUCCUAAUAUAAAUAAAAGUUUUAUAAUUUUUAUAGAUAUGUCAUGUGUUUUAUACGUUCCUAAAAAUUUUAGUCUCUCUCUCUAUCAGAGCUAUCUCUUAUCAGAUCGUCCAUGAUUUAAAUGUUAUUAUCGUUGUCGGUGGCAUUAAAGUGUCGAGUUAUACGGUACCUGCCAAUCAAGAUAAUUAUUCAGAUAAUAUUUUUAUUGCCAGAGUGUGAUGUUGUUACAGCUUUGUACAGAGAAUUUCUAGCUUUUAAUAAAUGAUUAGUUCAAAUUUAUUGACUUGUGAUUACUGUGGAAAUAUAUAUUAAACUUGUAAUCUUAUGAUCCUACUCAUAACCGCUGGCAAUGGAAUUUUAUCAUCAUUAUGAUCAUCGAUUAGUGUGUUGUCAACUGUAAUACAAUUAUUAAUAAAUUUGUCAGAAUAUAUACAGUUAUUCAGUGUGUA